ACAAUAUAAACUCAAGAUCUUAAGUUUAAAUUGAAGUCAAUCAUAAUUAUGAAGGCGCCAGUGUUGGUUCUUCUUUUUGCUGCAUCAAUUUUUGCCUAUCCGUCGGUAAAGAAUGCCGAAAAUUGUUCUCCAGACAAAUGUAAAAUUGAAGAUAACUGUCGUUGUUCCAGUUCAAUAAAUCCUAUAAGUGACGAUGAAAAUCCAGCUCCCCAGCUUAUAGCAAUCACCGUCAGUGAAUCUGUUGUACAGACGUUGUAUGACAAUUACCUUAAUCCACUGUUUUUUGAUAGAAAAAAUCCCGACGGUGGCCCUAUAGGGCUUACGUUUUAUGUACCUCACGAAUACACUGAUUAUUCUUUAGUCCAAGAUUUGUAUGUUCGCGGGUAUGAAAUUGGAGAUCACUCUAUAACAAAGGAGCCCAAUCAAACGUAUUGGCGCGAGGCAACUCCUCAAGAUCUACAAGACGAGUUUGAAGGACAAAAAACCAUUAUUUCGACAUUCGCUAAUAUUCCAAGUAAAGAUAUUGUCGGUGUGAGAACACCCCAACUUCAAUUAGAAGGAGAUGUAUCUAUCAAUGCUUAUGUAGCCUCCGGUCUUGGCUAUGACAAUUCUUGGCCAACAUAUUCAACUGAACAAAUUUUACCAUAUACACUAACAUAUGCUUCUACACAAAAAUGCACAGGAACAAUGAAUUGUCCGAAAGAUGCUCAUGAAGAUUUUUGGAUUGCGCCGUUAACAAAUAUAAAAGGUGUUAAUGCUACGGAAUGUAAUUCUCUAGCAACUUGUCUCGUGCAGGGUACCGCUGACGAAAUUGCCGAUUGGUUAUUUGAUGAAAUCAAGAGUUAUCGGGAUAGUAAUCGUGCACCUCUAACGCUACGACUAGACUCCUACUGGUUCCUAUUCACAGAUAAUAGUUACGAAGGAUUCACUAAAUUUCUAGACAAAAUUGCACAAGAAGAAGACAUAUUUUUGGUGUCUGUUCAAGAUAUUCUCGAAUGGAUUAAAAAUCCCGUGGGGCAUAAAGACUACAAAUCACCUGUUCAUGAUGAUAGGACUGCAGAUUGCUUAGGGGUUACCUGCCGUCUAAAAAAUGUGAAUAAUGAAGACAGGUACAUGAAAAGUUGUGUGCCUUGCCCUCAAGUUUAUCCUUGGAAAGGCAACCCCCUUGGUGAAGGGUAAUAUUUCCACCAAAAUAGGUUCAAACAAUGUUCAAAAUUUUAAUCGAAACCUAAAUAUAGUGUAAUUUCUAAACCUGUAAAACACCAAUAAAUCUAUGACACUAAAUAAACACCCUUUUGAGA